AAAUCGCGAGAACACGGUUAUUACUGCACGCGGCGUCACGACCCAUCCAUACAUUGUCUUCGAUCAUCGACCAUACUCAAUCACUACCUUGACAGUCCAUCAGCUAGUAGCGUUACGUUGGCGCAAUGGCAAAUCCACACGACAACACGGAGAACCGGUCCAAGGGCGCCGCUGGACAGGAAGCCGGCCAAGAAGAAUCCUAGUUGGAGUCUUCUUCUGCUAGAUCCAUUUCGCAACCAGAUCCUCACCUGGGUCUGUCGGAGUCAAUCUCAUUAGAGCAGCCUAAUUUUGAUUCAACACGGCAGGCGGCAGAGGUGAUAUUGCCGCUCUAUCCUCCACAGUCUUCUGAUGAGGCUGGGCAAGAAUGUCGUUAUUGUCUCCGAAAGGGUCGAGGAGGCACACUCUACAGCGAGACUGCCUUGAUAGCUCACGAAAGAAAACAACAUCCAUUUCCUUGCCUUCAAGGCUGCGUAGACCGAGAUUUCACUACAGCAUCCCAUCGCCAGCGGCACUAUAACAGUUUGAUCCAUAGCCCCAAAAUUGCAGGGCAAUAUAAAUGUGGUCGAUGCGGCUAUACUACGGAGCAUCGCAAUCUCCACAUAGAGCAUCUCGACAGACAACGGGCGUGCCGGGAGAUGGCCCAGCCAGCCAUGUACGAGUGCAUACACCACGGCCCAACGAGUCUCGAUAAAAAAAAACACCUCUCCCAUCUCGAGGACGAUAGAGCGUCACCUAGAUUGUUUGUGUGUGGUCGAUGCGGCUAUACUACAAAAAUCUACCAGGUCCACCUAAAGCAUCUCCGCAGACUAUACCAGUGCCUGCAAAUGAAGGAGCCAAAGAUGUACGAGUGCAGAACCCACGGCCCGACGAGCCUGACCAUGGAAGAACACAUUGCCCAUUUAAGGGAUUCUUCGUUACACCAAUGGGUGCAGUAUGAUGAAUAGAUUUGCGUUCGGGACUUGUGUAGCUGGGGUGGUGCUGGAUCGUAGUUGCAUCGAGUGAGGCCGAGGGCAAGAUUGUGAUAUAAUGCAACGGAGACUGAAGGAUGAGUUGGUACACUACAGUUUUAGGCUGAGCUGGUCUUUGUCCGAGUGUCUGGUAAUUCGGCGGUCUCUAUGUUUCAGGGCGAGUCUCGGACCGGAAGCUUGGAGCGGCCUGGAAUCAGAACCGAUGCGUGUGGGUCACGGCAUGGCAUGGCCCGGGGUCAUUUUCGUGAUUUUUUCUUUCUCCAUCCAGCUUUUGAUGCACAGCUGUUUCUCUUUGAUUUCUUCCAGCCCUUUUCUCAGCUGAUAUGGGACUUGGUUCCUCCACAGCUGGGUUCUGUGGGAUGGACUGUAGCGAUCAUCAUCACUUGUGGUUUCUUGGAAGGAUUUCCUUGGCUAGAUAGACUACCCUAGGGAUAGCGUUGGUGUUGAUUACUUUUAGAUAAGCUCUAUUCCCAGGACUUGGUCAUGUUUUGCCCG